AUGUUGUCUUCUCUGAUUCCUCUGCAACUUCCAUCUCGGAUGCAAACUCAUCUCUGGUAUAUAUUACCAAACGAAGUGAAUAACAAAUCUCUACUAAAACACUACACUCAGCUUCUGUCACAACACGAGAAAGACAGCAUCUCUGGAAUGCAAAGUGAUGAGCUUAAUAAGAAGAAUGCAUUGCUUGCUCGUACCUUGGUCCGAACCACACUUGCAAGAUACCAUACAAACAACAACGACAACACUGUAGUUGAUCCAAGAGCCUUGAAGUUCAAGAAGAAUCUGUACGGUAAGCCUGAAGUAGAUUGGGAGGUUGAUGAUACUACUACUAAUCAUCCGAAACUGCAGUUCAAUAUCUCACACACGGAUUCGUUGAUAGCUUGUGGAGUAACACUAAAUGCUCCGGUUGGUAUUGAUGUUGAAGACAAGACAAGGAAGAUGAGACACGAUGUGUUAUCACUUGCAAAGAGGUUUUACUCGUCUGAAGAAGUUAAGUUUCUGUCAAGUGUAGAAGACACUGAGUCUCAGCGUAAGGAGUUUAUUAAGCUAUGGACUCUCAAAGAAGCAUACGUGAAAGCUUUAGGGAAAGGCUUCUCUGCUUCACCUUUUAAUACUUUCUCAAUCAUCAGGUCUGAUGCUGAAACCUACAACCUUUGUGACCAGGCAGGGGAAUGGAAGUUUAGGCUUCUGGAGUUAGCUGCUUCCUCUCAUUACGCUGCAAUCUGCAUUGAAGGAGAAGAUGGUCAAGAAGCUAUGAAUGUGAUUGUCCACAAAACCAUCCCAUUUGUAGAAGAUGAACUUAUAUCUAUCUGA